AACAGGCGUCAGUUCCGAGAAGGUCAGUUAGGUCGAAUACGCGACCAAAUUUUCAUUUAGGAGAUAAAGGACGGGUCUCUUUUGUUUCUAAAGCCUUUUAUCCUAAUGUGCCAACUGCCUAAGGAAGCGUAAAUUCGUCAGCUGCCCUUUGAUGAUCUUGAAUCAAAACACGAGUGAUUAUACUAAUUGUUUGACGUCGCCCAGGGAAAAUUAAAAUAAAAGACGUUCUGAGGCAAAAGCGUCUGUUUACAGCGCCGAAGACGGACUGUUUUCGUUGAUCAAGCUCAAGAACUACGAGGAGUUUUUCCAAAGUAGAACUCGAUAAAAACAUAGAGAAGAAGGCAAGGUGUGAGAAAUAUGGAGGCACCAAGGCAACCGGUAGAUUUCAUGUGCAGUGUGAAGUAUUUAGGAAGUCAAAAUGCUAUGUAUCCACAGACAGGGACUUUGGAAAACAUCGCCCGUGUGUAUCAAAAAGGUUGCGCGCUUAACGAGAUGGACGUCGCAAAACUGACUGUUACUAAAGACAGCGUUUCACUUCGGAGUAAAAACAACGAAAAGAUUUUCAGACUACGGAAAAUUUUGUUCUGCGCAAGCUACAAGAAGAUUCCCAAAGUUGUUGCGUUUAACUAUAUGGUUUCGUCCUCACCCAAGCGUUUGGAGUGUCAUGUGUUUUUGUGCGGGUCUAACGAAGAGGCGAGAGGGAUUGUCGCUGCUUUGACCACAGCGUUCAGAAUGGCGUACAAUGAGUCGAAAAACGCUGGCGAAAUUCACGUGGACGAAACCAUCACAAAUCACAAGGUAUGGACGGUCGAUUCAGCUGAGGAGAAAGAGAUCAAAGUUAUUUUCGCGUUGCCAAGGAAAAUCGGUGAAAUAUUUGAUACUUUGACUAAUUGCAUGACUGCAAAAUGAUAAGCUGGAGGAACGUCGGAUAUAACUUGUGCGAUCAGAGCCGAACUGCUAUGGGAGGUAAAAUUAAUAAUGAGAGAAGAAACUUAUGCCUGAAGACGUCUGGAAAGUGCUAAUUUAUGCAGUGGGUUGCGCUCGCCGAUCAUACCUAUCAAAGACAUUUUCGUUUUGAGAAAUGAAGUCUCGUUUCUAAGUUAAUUGCAAUUUUCGGUGGUGAGUCGUUGCAGUUUAUGGAACAAACUUGAAACUUCGAUUUUAGCAUGGUAAAGAGACAUCUUCAUUUUGCCAAAUCACAUGUGUGUCGAUAUGCAGUAAGCUAGUUUAUGGUUCGCCUACUCCAUUUUCAUUCACUGCAUCAAUAUCGAAGAAGAUACGAGUGUGUCGUUUUAGACAUUUUGCCUUAAAAUUGUAAUAUAAGUAAUGUAAAUGAAUGUGGCAGAAAUAAUAUUCCAUAGCGAACUUCGAAAGAAGCUGGUAACCUGCAAGAGAGAAUAAGUAAAUUGAACAUUAAAUAACUUUAAUAUAAUCAAUUUUUCUGAAUUUAUUUACGUCUUCAAGACUGAAAAAGCUUAAUGUAAAUAGUUCAUCGAACGUCCUUUAUAUCAGCUUCAGUCAUAAACAUGGCCAAGAUUGGAAUGAAAUAAGACCUUGAUUGAAAUUGUGUGAGGAAAAAAAAACUUGUAAAUAGAAAAAAUCUCGAAAAAAAAACCUUUACAAGAUAAUUGAAUGAAACGUCUGUAGAUAUGUCUGGAAGCUUUCCAGUCGAACGCCGAAGAAGAGUGAACGUAAAAUAAAUUGUGAACAUAUGU